UGCGUCAGUCCUCCAGCUGCGCGGAGAAGACGGAAGUGAUCGCUGGGUUUGGGAGCGAGAGAAGAAACGGAGCAAAACAAACCCGAUUGAAGCGGUUUAUUCAGCGGAUCUGGGAGAAAUCUCAACAUAAAGAGUCAACAUGCCGAACAUGGAGCAGCAUUUGUUUAACCUGAAGUUUGCAGCCAAAGAGCUGCAGCGGAGCUCCAAAAAAUGUGACAAAGAGGAGAAAGCGGAGAAGGCAAAAGUUAAAAAGGCAAUUCAAAAGGGUAACAUGGAAGUCGCACGCAUUCAUGCUGAAAACGCCAUCAGGCAGAAGAACCAAUCUGUAAACUUUCUCAGGAUGAGUGCCAGAGUCGAUGCUGUAGCAGCAAGAGUUCAGACUGCAGUCACUAUGAACAAGGUCACUAAGUCCAUGGCCGGUGUGGUGAAAGGAAUGGAUGCAACUCUUAAGAGCAUGAACUUGGAGAAGAUAUCAUCCCUGAUGGAUAAAUUUGAGCGGCAGUUUGAAACACUGGAUGUUCAGACACAACAGAUGGAGGAUACCAUGAGCAGCACAACAACACUUACAACCCCACAGAGCCAAGUGGAUAACCUGAUGCAUGAGAUGGCAGAUGAAGCUGGGCUGGAGCUGAACAUGGAGCUUCCCCAGGGGCAAACUGGAACAGUGGCCAGCAGUGUGGCAUCCACAGAACAGGAUGAGCUUUCUCAGAGACUGGCCAAACUAAGAGACCAGAUUUGAGCAGAUCAGAGAGCGUGUGUGUGUGCGUGAGGGAAAGAGAGAGCUGUAUGUGGGUGUGUCUGUCUGUGUGCCAGUGUGUGUUUGAGAGAUACAUAUACUGUGUUAAAUGACUGUCAAAAGCCCUAAACUUCAUCAUGCUACAUAUUUAUGGGUCUUUGUUUUUAUCACAUUUGAACCCUGUGUCCACACAUGGCUGCAUUUUGUGAUUCAUGCACAUCAAACUCUCCUCCAUUCAGGAAUAUGUUUGUCCUCUCUAACAAAAUUUGCUUAAUUCCAAUAUUUGAGCUUCUAAAACGAGCAGUUUUUUUAUGUUUCCAAUGCCGGACAGCAAUGUCAGUACAUUUAGACCUGUCUGAUCUUCAGUGCAUGUCCACUUCCAGUCACACAGAUUUCUCUUUCUGCAAAUCAAAAAAAAUCUGUUAGCCUUAGUGUCAGCAUGCUGAUCACUGUUUUUGCAUAUAGUAUAGUUUAAUAGCUGUUUAAAACAGUGUGAAAAAACAGUGUGGACACAGGGACUUCAGAUCCAGCCAUACUGAGUGUAAUAGCUCCAUAGCCAAACACUAUGAUGGUAAAAUGUGUAUAUAUAUAUACUUACCUCAAAUAUUCCUUUCUCACUGAUUAGCACUUUAUCUUAAGCCUUCAUUUACACUGAUCAGCCAUAAUAUAAAAAAAAUACCUUCUGCCGAAGCCGUUCUAAACUAAUCAAAGAAAGAAAUCCACAAGAAGAUCUGAUGGCUGGCUUGUGGUUAGCAUGUUCACCUAUCAGCACUGGGGUUUUGGGUUCAAGUCCAUUCCUGGGUGGAUAUCGGGAGGCUACGUUGUAACUGUGUCCAGUUAGGUUACCUACAGGGACGUUUUUUUCCCCCAGUCUAAAAAUAUGGCGAUCAGGUUAAAAAGCUACUAGAAAUUGCCCUGGUGUAAGUAUGCAUGGUAUGUUAUGGAUUGGCAUUCCUCCUGGGGCAGUGUUUUUUGGUUGAGAAUAUGCUUCUAACCAGUAUGUGAUGGUUUGAGUGCUGGGUGUGAAGGAUUGUCAUUGAUCAUUGGGUUGUAGAAUGGCACUAAAUAAGUAAUAAUAAUAUUAUAAUAAUAAUAAUAACAAUAGUAAUAACAGUUAUUACUUAAUGUACUAGAACUAGUUGUUGUUUUUUAGUGAUUUUUGCAGGCUUAGCAUUUUUGGAUGAUGAUUCCUGUAGUGCAGCUCUGUGCAAAUAAAAAAAUAUUUAGAAUGAAAGGAUAUUAUUACUAGCUAAUGCAGAUAUAUUAUACAUGUAACAGUUGAAGACUGUAGAUAAAGUGCUACUCCAUUUUUUUCUCCUGACUGGGUGAGAAUGUAAUUCUUUAUUUUUGAAUUUUAGCUUCAAUAUAUGCAAUUUUUGGGUUAAUAAUGUUCUUCAAGGAUGCAUCAGAACUCUCUUCCUCCAACCUUCUGUCCAUCUGCUUUUCAUUUGUUACCUGCAGCACAGGCGUAUCUUAACAUUCAAGAAGUUAGAUGGUUAAGAUAUGGAAGCUUUAAGGUGUAAUCCCAAUUAUUUAUUUCUGUCUCUUAGAUUAGAUGAUCCACGGCUGCAGAUUAUGUUGUACUGUCUUGAUGUUUUGGUUUCAGACUUUGGGGAAACAUACUGUCUACUGACAAAGAAAAAGAAUUAAAAUAAAUAUUUUAUAACAUUUA